AUGUUGGGAAAACAACUAAAAGAGCUUCGCCUACAAAAGAAAGUCCAGGUUUUUGAAGAUAAAAAUAUUGAUAAAUUAACAAGAAAUAAGUACAAACUAUUCAGGAACGUAUAUAAAACUCUUGUCGUUUCACCUUUACAUAUAGAAUCUAUAAAUCAAUGUUUACAUAACUUAUCAUUAAUAAACAACAGUUUUAAUACAUUUAAUCAACUAUUUUAUUUAGAAGAAAGUGAUUCUGUAUAUUUUUUUCGCGAUGAUGAAGAAAAUGGAGAAGAACAAAAAGAAAUAUAUUUAAAACAUCGUGAAUUUUUAACGGAAGAUGAAGAAAAUAUAAUUUUAAAAAAAAUUAAAAUUUUUUUAAAAUUGUGUUCUUUAUAUUCGAAUAGAAAAGAAGUCAAAAUAUUAUUAGAAUUUUUAAUAUAUAAAUAUGAAAUUAAUGUCAAAUAUGCUCAUGAUAUUUUAUUAUGCAUCUUUCCUAAAAUAUCAUCAUCAGAGUUUAAAAAUAUAUUAGAAAUUAUAUAUAUAGAAAAUAAUUCUCCUUUUUUCUUCUUGAAUAAUUAUAAGAAUAAUGAAAUAAAGCCCAUAGAUGAAUAUAUUCUUGUCCAAUAUGUAAAAAGGCAUAUACCUUUAUAUAAAAUAUUAUUUGAGUAUAUUAUAGAUAUUAUAUACAGUGAUUUUGGGAAAGAAUUUUUAUCUAAUAUUGAAACUGAAAUAUCUAUUCCAUGCAUUGACCUUUUUAUUUCAUUAACAAGCAAUCUGAUUAACAGUUAUAUUGAUGUACCAGUUCAAAUUAUCGAAUUUUAUUGCAAUGCCGUUCUUAUAUUAUUAGCAUCAUGCCAAAAGGCAUUUAUUGAAUUGCAUGCCGGGGAAAAAAAGGAAACGGAUCAUAACAUAAUUCAAUCGGAAAAUGGAGUUAAUUACAAUGAUAGAAAUAAUUUUGUUGGAAAAAUGAACUCAAGUAUUAUACAGAUUCAUUAUUGUUGCAGAUUUUUGGAAGAGUUUUUAAAACAUUUUGAAUGUGCCAUUGGAAAAUGCAAAAAAGAUAUAAAUUUUGAAUUUAUAAAAAAAAAAAUAUUUAAUUUUUUAGACAUAAAUUUUUUAUCAACAUAUAUAAAAAUAAUAGAAGAUUAUUCUGAUUUCUCAUAUUUUAUCAAAAUGUUAAUUAUUAUAUUAAAUAUAAUAUAUAAAAAUGAUAAUAAAAUAUGUUUUAGUAAUUAUAUAGGACAAAAAGAGCAAAGAAUAUUAAAUGAUAACUUUACAGGAAAUGAUGCUAUUAGUAAUAUAUUAAUUUUUGUUAAAGAAAAUAAGAAAAAUAUUUUCCAUAAUAAUAAAAUAAAAUUAAUAAUAAAAGAAGAUGAACUUUUAUUAAAAUUUCUUUUAUUGUUUUAUCAAUUAGAUAAUACAUAUGAAUUAAGUGAUAACCUUAUGAAAAUUAUUCUAGUAAACUAUUAUUCGUUAAAAUUAGAUAUCGAUAAAAUUGAAAACAUAUGUAACUUUAUCCUUACCAAUACUCAGAAAAACUACAUAUUCAAUAUUCUAUUUAUUAUAAAUUUAAUAUCAUAUUAUAUAUUCUUAAUAAAAAAAUCAGAAGGAAUAGAUACAACACUAACUGAACAUGAGCUUGAAAAUUGUGCCUCCAAUGAUGGAGCCAUAGGGCGUUUAAUAAAAAAAAUUAGUUUUGGUUAUAGUAAUCUAAUAAUUAAAAAUACGCAUUAUUAUAAAAUUGUUAAUUAUUUUAUAAAAGAUAAUUAUGAUCUUUUUAAAAAUAAAGUUAUCUUAUUCAGUAUGUAUAAUAAAAUAGAAGAGAAACUAUUAAAUUUAAUGAAUGCUUCUAAUAAUAAUAUGAAAAUUAUUCAUUUUAUUGACCCAGACUCAGGUAGCGACCAAGAAGAUACUAUCGUCGAAAUAGCAGAAAAUGCAAUUAAAAGUCUAAAAUUUAUGUAUGAUUAUGAGAAAAAUUAUAUAGAUAUAUUAGAUAAUGAUAACAAAAAUACAUCUCAAAAAAGGAAAAUAAACAAAAGACGAUCCAAAAAAAAUAUACAUAAGACAAUAUCGUCAAAAGCAUUUCAAGGUAACGAUUUUUCAGAACGAGUUAAUAAAAUAUUUUCUAAAGAAUCAAUUCCUAUGGAACUCAUAAAAAAAGGAACUGAGCUUACAAAAUCGAAAGAAUACACUCUACUUUUGUAUACCAAAAUAAUUCAUUUGUUGAAAUUUAACAAAGUCUUAUUUAUAGAUUAUAUAGAAAAAUUUCAAAAAGAAUUUAUAUUUUUUUUCCCUUCCAAAAAAUGCCUAUAUAAGCCAAUAUUUAAAGCAUUUAAUGAAUUGAUACAAUCGAAUCUUCGUGAAAUAGAUAAAUAUCGAGCAUCAAUUUUUUUGGAAUUCUAUGCUAUAUUAUUUUUAAUCAAACUAAAAAAAAUGGAAAUUAAAAAUAAACAAAAAUUAGCACAAGAUAAAUUUUUUAAAAAUUUUGUAACCAAAAACUUCAUCUUUUUUUUAAUCAUAUAUGAUUAUAUAUUGAAUUCAAAAUCAUAUCCCAUAUAUAACUCUCUCAAAGGAUAUAUUAAACCAAAGAAUUUUAAAUUAUUUAAACAGUUUUUUUUACUUUUAUGUAGAAUAAAAAAUAUAAAUAACAUGGAAUUGAAUGAAUUUUUUAUCAAUGAAAUCAAACAAUCUCGAUUGAAUAAUAUUAAAAUUUUAAUAAAAUAUAGUAUUUCUCUUUAUGAAAUAUUUUUUAGUCGGAUUGCAGAAGUUGUGUUUUCCGAAGAAAUGAUAAAUAUGUUGUGCAAAAUGCAAGAAACAAAUGAUAAACAAAUUAACGAUGGAAUAAAUAACAGAGAAGAAACACAUUGUGGGGAUAAAGUAGAAUUAGAAAAUGAUUUAAUCGAAACCUCUUUUAAUAAUAACCAAAAUAAAACAGAAUACAUAUUAUGCAAAAAAAAAACAAACAAACCCUUUUUAUUAAAAAUAUUAUUUUAUAUAAUAAAAAUUAUAGCUUCAAAUAAUUCCAAAGAUGACAAAGGAAGCAAAGUAACCACAAAAGUUAAUAUUAUGUAUAAUAAUUUAGUACCUAUUUUUGAAAAAUUAAUAUUAAAAUUCAUAGAAGUAGAUCAUUCCUCAACAUUUAUCUUAUACUGUAAAUAUAUAAACUUAUUUUAUAAUAAUAAUAGUGCAAUUAAGUUUUUGUAUAAUACUAUGAGUUAUUUAUUUUAUAUAUAUAAUAUUGAUCGCUUAAAAAGGUAUAUAAUAAAUAAAAAUAUAUUUGAUUAUAUAACCAAAAAGCUAAUUACGAAUUUACGCAGACAAUAUAAUAAAAAAAUUGCUAUAUCUUUCUAUAGAUAUUUUAUAAUGUCAAUUAUUGCUUUAUGCGCAAAUAAUACUAUUAUAAAUAUAAGUACAUUAGUACCUGAAUCGAUGAGGCCUUUAUUUAAUAAACAAAAAAAUUUAAUAGAAUAUGAAGUUGUUGACAAAUUUUUCCAAAAUGACUGCAAAGAAAGAGCUAGCGUUUUUAAAUUAAUAAAACACAUGGAAGAGGCUAAUAUUGAAUCAGAAAAUAUCAAUGAAUUUGUAGAUACUUUGAGUUAUAAAAAUAAUUCCCAAAAUAGUGGAAGCGUAAUAGAUAAUAUACCAAUCAAUGACAAUUUAAACCCUGAAAGAGAUGCAAUGAUAUGCCAAAGAACAGAAAAUUAUGAUAAUAGCGAGGAUAUUUCAAAAAAUGUAGACGAAAAUAAUGCUAAUGAAAAUGAAAUGAUAGAAACAGGAAAAAAUAAAUAUUCACCUACAAAUUUUAAACCCAAUAUAAUUAAUUUAUCCUUUUUAACAGCUAAAGCACAUACCUCAUAUAAAAAAGAAAUGAUUUAUGAACUUGUAAAAUACUAUUUAUUUGCUUUUUCCUAUUUGAAUAAGUACUUUUUUGAUAUAUUAAUAUCAAGAUUAAACAAGUCCAUGCACAUAUUUUCAAUUUCUCAAGAAUUUUUUAAAAUAGAUUUAUUACGAAUAUUUUUAAGAAAAAUAAUGCAAAAAGACAAAUAUCCUUAUAAAAUUAUGAAGAUAUAUAAAUAUAUUCUUAUGAAAGAGUUAGAUUAUGGAAUCGAACCUAGUGCUAUACAUUUAUUUUUGAAUUUAGUAGAUUUUUAUGUAAGCACAUUAGAAAAUGGAUGGAGUAGAAAAAAAGGAAAUUCAAAUAAAACAAUUUCUAAUAAUAUUAAGGAAGGAGUAAAUUAUGAACAAAUAGAUAAUAAUAAAUGUGUUAGUGAAAAGUUGUUAAAGAGGAUAAGCAUAAAGGAGUUAGAAAACGGAAAAAAUAAAUUCACAUUUACAAAAAUAAAAAAAAUUAAUUAUGAAUCAUUUUUAAAUGAAGAAAAUAGUGAAGAAUCAGAGGAAAUGUUUUUUGGAAAAUUAGAAGGAUUUUAUAAAUAUUAUAAAAACUUAUUUGAAGAUUGUUAUUUUAAUAAAGAAAAAGAAAUAAGAGAAAUUUGUGAACUAAUUAUUAAUAUAAUAAUAAAUGGAAAUGAUUCGAAAUUGAUAGUUCAAAUGUUAAAUAUUAAAAAAAUUUAUACUAGUAUAUUAUUUAAAAAAUAUAUACGCUCACAAUUACAAAGAUUAGAAAUAGGUAAUAUAAUGUUAUUUAAAAAAUUGUUAUCAAAUAGAAAGACAAAAGAUUAUAAUUCUAUAUUAUUAAUGUGUAAAAAUUUGAAAAAUGUCAAAGAAAAAAACAAAUUGCUAAUUUUUAUAGAACGAUAUAUGAUUAAAAAGAAAAGGUAUAAGACAAAAAAUGCAAAUAUCAUAAAAAUUUUAAAUGCAUUAUCUGAGUACACUUUAGAGUAUGAAAAUUAUUGUACAGAAAAAAAUCAAAGUGAUAAUGUGGAAAAUUACAAUAUAUACAUUGAAUUUAUUAAUAGGCACAUAAAAAUAUUUAAAAAUAUUGUUAACAAUUUUGAAAUUAAUGAUAAUGUAUUUUUAAAAAUAAUAAAAUAUGCAAUAAAUAUUUCUGAACUUAUGUAUAACAUCAAUGAAUUAGUUAUAGAGAAUUUUUCUUUAUCUAAAAAUGGUUUUUUAUCAAGUGUUAAUUUAUUUUUUUCAAAAAAUAUAUUUUUUUUUUAUGAAAAUAUAUCUUAUCAUUUGAAGCCAAUGGCAAUUAUUUUGGAUAAACUUAUAAAAAAAAAAAUAUUGCUUUUUGUAUUUUAUCAAAAAUAUGGUUCACUUUCUUAUGAAAUGGAAUUACCAAGUAAUAAAGACAUACAAAAUAAUGAUAGUUGCUUAUCUACAAAAAAAAGAUCAAGUAUUAACUGUGAUAAAAAUUUAAAUGUUGCAAAAAAAAAAAGAAAAUUAGAAAAAGAAGAUUCUGUAAAUAUGAAUGAUGAACAGGAAGAUGAAAUUGACAUAAAUUUAGACGAUGAUUCAAAUAAAUCGAAUUAUUAUUAUUAUAAAAAAUGUUAUAAUUUCGAAAUGUUUGUGCAAAAUGAGAAAAAAAAUAAUAUUAAAAAGUACUAUGAUUUGCAUACUAUCGCUUUCAUAUGUGCUACUAUAAAUAAAAUGUUUACGAAUGAUAUAGAUAUAAAUAAUUUCGGUGCUUUAGUAAAUAAUAUAAUUUUCCUUUUUAAUAAAAACUAUUGUUCUUAUAUUAUAUCUAUUUGUUUUAUUAAUUUAAUUAUAAAAAUAAAGCUCGAAAAACUACAUUCUUGUAAAAAUUAUAUUAUGGAUAUUUUGAAUAUUUAUCAUAAUAGUGAUAUAGAUUAUUAUAUAAAUACAAAUUUGCUUUUAUUUCUUUCACUAUAUUUGUGCCCUCAAGAAUAUGAAAAGGAAAAUUUAUCUCACAAGUUGAAAGAAGAAACAAAUAAAAAAAAUGAACUUAUAAAUCCCCAAUUACAAUAUAACAAUAAUAAUAAAAACAAUUGUGAAUCUGUAAAUGAUAAUAUUAUAAUAGGUAGCCAAAACAAUAAAUUUCCAACCAAUAAAGUUGACGAAAAUUAUAACAAUAAAAAAUUUAGAUAUCCAGAAUAUGUUGAAUCAAAAUUAAAAUACAUAAAGCCUUAUUUAAAAAAAGUUAAAAACAUUCAAAAUUUAUGCCUAAAAAUAAUAUCUCUAAUUUCAAUUAUUAAUACUCUAAAUAAUGGGCCUAUCAAAUCAAUAUCGUAUUUCGUGUACUUUUCGACUUUUAAAAAUUUUAUUCUUGCCACUUGUUUUGCUAAAGAUAAAAUAAUUAAUAGAAAACUGAACAUAUUGUUUAAAAAAUUUAAUUUUAAAAAUACAGAUACUUUUAUAUUGUCCUUUAUUAUUAACAAUUUUAAAAUGUCAACAAAUGCUUUAGAUAAUAAUAUUAUAAAAAGAAGUUUGAAUGAUUCUACGGUUGUAGAACAAAAAAUUUUACAGACUGACAUCAAAAAUGAAAAGGGAGAUAAUUUUGAAAAUAUAUUUUUACAUAAAUUUUUGUCAUGUUUAAAUAAUUUAAAAUCGUAUAUGGAAUUUAAUGAAGGAUAUAAAAAAUAUUUGAAAUAUAAAGAAAAUUUAUCAAACCCAGAAAAAUAUAAAAAUAGUUAUGAUAUAAUAAAUGAAAAUUAUUCUUAUUAUGACAUAUUUAGUGAGAUAAUACAAGUGACUGAAGGCAAUGGAAAUCCUUUGGAAAAUGUGAUAAGAGAUAGUCUUUCGAGUUUUUAUAAUUUUAUAAUAAAUAAAUUAUUAUAUUUAAAUUACGCAAAAUACCCAAGUUUAUUCAAAGAAAUUGUUGCAUUUAUUAAUGGGAAAUUAGACAAUCAAACAGAUGCAAAAUAUAUAUUCGAUGUAGUUAUAUUAAUUUUUUGUAAAACAACAAAAUCCAAAAAUAUCCAAACAAAAGAAAAUGGCGACCAACUCGUUUCUCGAUUGAACGAAAUAUAUAUGCUUCAAAUAUUUAGGACAUCAAUUUUCAAAAUAAAUCUAAACAAUUCAAUGAAAAUUUUAAUUAUAUCAAAAAUAAAUGAAAUUUUAAAAAAUCUUUUUUAUCAUUACAAAAAUGUUCGGAAUCAAGAAAUUACAAAAAGAAUCAACAAAUACAAAAAUAUUGAUAAUACUACUAUUAAUCAGGAUCACCAACCGAACACUGAAAAUAUAACAUCAGAAAACGAAACUGAACAAAUUGAUCAAAAUAAUUUAGAAGAAAAAAUAAAAAAAGUUAAGAAUAUUUAUUCAGAAAUUGACAUAGUAUACGAAAUAUCCAAGCAGUACAAAAAGGGAGAACAUCAAAUAUAUGUAUUAAAUGAACCAAUGGAUAUUGAAGGAGAUAUGAAAAAUAAUAUAAAUGAUGAAGCCCUGAAUAAUGACACUAUAGAUAUCGAUGAUGGUUGCUCAGAUUUAUCAAAUGCUGAUUCAAUCGAUUCUAAUUUUAGUUUCGAAAAAUAUAAAAUACCAGAAAAUAAUGCAAAAGAAAAAGACAACAAUAAAUAUACCAACUUGAAAUUUUUUAAAAAUGAAGAAGAAAUUGAAAUAAUAUAUUUUCGAGAUAAUUGGAAUGAUUUAAAAAAUAUAUUUUAUUUCGAUGAUUGCUAUCUAAAUAAUAUUUUAAAAUGUAUUUGUUCUUUAUUAUUAAAUUUCCCUAUAUUUACAAAAAAACAAAUGAUUGAAUUAUUCAAAAUAUUUAUCCUUACUAAUAAAAAGAAUAUACUUGUAAAUGAAAAAAAUAUUCUUAAAAAUAAUUUCUAUAAUUUAGAAAGAGAUAAAAAGAUUAAACAUAUUAUUAAAGCUAUUUCAAAUCCUUUAAAAAAUUUAAAUAUAUAUCAUAUAUUUUUUAUAUUUUCAAAUAAUAAUUUAAAAGUUUGUUUAAAAUAUUUAAUUAAAUACUAUAAAAAAUAUUAUUCUAUCUUUAACAAUGAUAACGAAAUAUAUAAUUAUAAUGGAUCAGUUGUAUUGAACAAUUCUUUAUUUUUUUAUCAGAAUCUUAUUAUAUUUCAAAAUGUGUUGAAUGAUAAUAUAAAAAUAAUUAAUACUUUAGGCCUUUCUCUUUUAUUUUCUUUAGUUAAAACAUACUUAAAUAAUUGUAAUAAAUAUAUUACCAAACUAUAUACUCAAAACAAAAAUAAAAUAGCAUCUAUGAAUAUUCUGCAAUUAUGUUGUUAUAACUAUAACACAUUCGAAACUAAUAUUCAAACAAAAAACCAAUUAUUUGUAGAUCUCAGAAUAGAAGAACAUAAUAUUAUUACAGCAUUAUUAUAUACAUCGACCAAAAUGAAAUUAACAUCUUUAGAAAAUUUAUUUGAUAAACUUAUUUCCUGUUUUGAAGAUAAACAAUUUAAAUCAAAGUAUUUAAAUAUAUUACCCGCUUAUAAAAAUGUGUUUGAAAGAAGAAUAUAUUUUAUUUAUUUUUAUAGAUUAUAUCAAAAUUUUGGUGCAAUAUUAAAAGAAAAAAAUAAAUACUUAUUUGAUUUGCUUAAUAAUAUUAAAUCGACACUAGUACUCUGUCAAAACCAGAUUAAGCAUACAUUUAAACAUGUUAAUAAGGCAAGGGCAGGAAAAUUUGAUGUAGAUGCCAAUAAUAUGGUUGAAGAAGAUGAAGCCAAUAAUGAUAUUGAAAACCCAAUAACUAGCGAUUUAAAUUUGAAAGAUGAGAAAAAAAAAAGAGAAGGAAAAUUAAAGACGACGUGGUUUUGGUUUGAUCUUGGAUAUUGUGCAUUAUUAUGUUUAUAUGAAAUAUUAAUAAAUGAAAAAAAAAAUCAAAAAAAAUUUCCCCCUAUAUUUUUUCAAUCAUGUUUUGAUCAAGUUAUAAGCUUUUUUGAUUUCUUUGCAUAUUUACCAAGAAUACAUAUGAAUAGUGAUUUUAAUAAUAGUGUUAAUGAAGAUGCAAUUAGAAAUAGUGAAAAUUAUACCAUUGAACAAAUCACUAUUUUAUUAUUUGAUAUACUCAAAUUAAUAUUAUUAGAAUUCUAUUCACUAUAUUUAAAUGAUACAGGAAAAAUACAAAUUAUGACAAUGAGGUUAUCGCUUAAAAAUGAUAAUAAUAAUACUAGUUAUAAUAUUACCAUAUCUAUUUUAUUAGCUUUAAAGCAUAUUUAUGAAACUAUUGGAUAUAAAGAAUUGCUAUUCUCCCUAAAAGACUUAUAUCAAAUAUUUUCAGAACUAAAUGAUCAUCCUGAUGAUGAAAUUGAAUAUGUAGCCAAACAAUGGUUUAGUUCGAUAUCAAAAUAUACAUCAUAA